UCAGUUUAGAAGAGUACAGAAGUCACGAAUAGCAAGCAUAAAUUUACAUUCAAACUUUUCCCGCAUCUUUUUAGUCUGGUCACGAGCGUGACAGCUUUCAAAAGAAAUGUUUUUCAAAAGAAAAGUAUGGCCAAUUACCAAAUGUCACUCAGCAGGCAAUUCCUCUUUGUCUAGCCUGGGCACGUGCUUUGAACAAGUGGCAAUACGGAUUAUAUGGAGUAUGUAGAAUGGAUGAACUGCUGUUUCAGAAAUAUGGAAAUUCUGAACGAGGAUGGAUCGAGCUUGAAUAAGGACAAGGUCAUGGAGUAUAUAACAAUGAUGGAGUCAGAAUUAAAAGGGUUCAAGGAAGAAACAGAAAAGAUACUGUGGCCUCUUUGCAGUAAAAUUUCAGGUGUAGACCAAUAUGUAGGCUACAAUUGGAUGGCCUGUGUAGUUAAAAACUCAAAACAACUUACAGAGCUAUUAAAAAAUAGUUGGGAAUGUUUUCUAUUCUAUAGCUGUGAUGACCAGAAGCUUUUAAGGGUAAAUGAUGAGUAACAGUGCGCCGUAUAGGCCUAUUUCAUUCGUGGAGAAUAUAACACAUUAACAUAUUAUAAUUAUAUAUUAUUCAAAUAAAUAUAUUGUUCAAAAUAACGAGAUAAAAUGA